GACUUUGAACUAAUGACUCCAAUGUCCCGACGCCGCCGACCGAUGCCACCAAAUCAAAGCAGAGAUGCCCUAUCCCACUUAUAUAAGGGCACACCUCUGGCGACAGCGCCGCGCUGCUCUUUUCCUGCUCGCCCCCCACCAUGCCACCCGUCGUGCCCCGCAUCCCUGUAGUCCCCGUCCCGCUAUCCAAUCUGGCAAGCAGGUGAGUAUAUGCGCAUAUACCAACACCGAAAGUCUUUUUUAACAUCAACUC